GGUUUGGAGUCUCAGAUGGAGCCGAGAUCUGUGGGAAUCUGUUGUGUGCAGCAGCAGAGAGAGAACAGCAGACAGGAGAGAAGAUACUGGAGAUGUUAUCAUCAGUGUGCAGAUACAACACAUUCCCUCUUAGUGACAGAGACCUGGAUCAUGAUGAUGAUGAUGAUGAUCUUCAAUAUCAGUGUGAUUUCCUGCUGGAUCUUUUCUCCCAUGUGAAGGACUAUGAGUCUAAAACAGGCCUGAGUGUUCUUCCAGCAUUACAGUCAGUUUUCCAGUCAGUUCCUCCAGUCUGGAUCAUAGACCUCUCAGAGAGAAAGACCUCCAUCCUCCUGGAAGUGCUGAAACUCCAAUCAGAGAAGAAACAAGUGGAGCUGACAGGCUGGUCAGAUGAAGAGAGUGAAGUGAGGAGUUUCCUGCAGUGUGUGCCUUAUAUCUCACAGCUCAGCUGUCGUCCACAGUUCUUCCAGAGUGUGUGUACAUCCAUCUCUGUAAAAUCCAGAAAGGAGGUGAAGCAGCUGGCCUCUCUGCUGAAGCUGCUGGGCUUCACCCUGCACCUAACAGGGGAGUUAGGAAGGAAAACCUGCAGGACUGUGGGGAAAGUUCUUGGACUUUGUGCCUCUAACGUGGAUCUCAUCCUCACGCCCACAAAGGUGUCUGUCAGAGGAGCCGCCCUCCUCUUUAGAUCCAGCACACAACUACACAGUCUGAGGCUGUCCAACCACACGGCCUUGCUGCUGUUUGGAUGCGUAAGAAGGGGGAGAAUGGUCUGUCCGUUGGUUCUUGAAGAUCUUUCUCUUGCCCCUGAGACAGUCCAGCCACCAGAAAGAGAGCUGCUGAAGGUUGUCAGACGUCUGGCGUCCCUGCUGAGAUACUGGGAAGUCCACCGGUUAGACCUGACUGAGUUCUGCGUCCCUGCUCGGUGUGUCGUUACACUGCUGCUUCACAACGGUCCCUUAAGAAUCAAACUGAGCGCAGAGACUUUCCAGCAGCUACCGGCCCUCCUCCAUGAGAUCCAGGACCAGGACUUGACGUUGUCCAGCUUGACUAAGGUUGGUGGAGACCUGACCUCCUGCUGUCUGGACUGGGAGGUUCUUCACUAUCUGCUGCAGCAGGUGCCAGCUCAGACCAUCACUGUGAACCUGAGGAAGCAUCACUUCAUACAGGAGAACAUCACACGUCUGAUUCCCUUCCUGGACAGGAUUUUAUUUAAACGGUCCAGUCCCGGCUUUGUGCUGACUGCCAUCAGAGAGACGUAUAGAGCUCACGCCAGUCACAUUGUACCCAGUCUACUGAGGUCAUUUGAUCAUGUGAUCAACCUGACCUGCAGAGAGCUGGACUCAGUGGACUGUGCUGCUGUGUGCUUCACCCUCACACACAGUGACAGAGUCAACCUGAAGCUGUUGUGGACCUCCAUACCAGCAGGAGAAAUACAGUCCAUCCUCUUUACUCUGGACAAAGUUUCUCAACUCAGUGUUGACAGGAAUCUGCUGCUGAGGUUGAUCCACUGCUGUGCUGCCUGUGACGUCCAGCAGGAGGCAGCAUCAGGCCUGUUCAGGGUUACACAGCACAGGUUGGAUCUGUCCUGCUCUUCCUGUGUGGACCUGCGAGAGGAGGGUCAGACUGAGACUCUGUGCCUGACUGCUGGUGACUGCAGGGCCAUCUCCACCAUCCUGAGACACAGCAGCCAGGACACACAGCUGGACCUGCGAGACUGCGAGGUGGAGGACAGAGGACUGGAGCUGCUGUUUCCUGUCCUAGACAGAGUCUGCUUCAGAGCCAGUAAAGCCGUCCUCCUCCAGCUGCUGUCCCUGGUUUCUGUGAACACUGAGAGGGACACAGUGAGACGGGCGGUGUCCCUGUGUAGAGCCCUGGGUGGAGGCCUGGACCUCAGUCACACCACACUGGAUGAGCGGGCCUGCGGAGCUCUGGCUGUGACGCUGGACUUGUCUGAAGGACUGACGGAGCUGGACCUCAGUCACUGUCAGAUCACUGACCAGCUGCUGCUCACACUCAUCACACAUCUGCACAAAGUCCAAGCCCUCGAUUUGAGUCACAACAACAUCACGGAUGUUUCAACGGACAAGUUACUGCAGCUGCUCUCCAUCAACCCCUCCAUGGACACUGUGCGACUCUUUGGCAACAACAUCGUGGACAGAACAGCCUUUAAGAAAGACAAGCGCUUUGAAAUAUGGUGAACCUGUCGUCAGUGGGGUGGUAAUGGGAUCAUCAGAGAAUAAUUGUUCUAUCGUCUCAUAAUUAACUGUUUUCUAAUCGUGAGAUGAAAAUAUUACUGUAGUAUAAGAACUACGGUAGCCCUGAAGGCAAGUGAUGUUUUUUGUCAGGAUGAUUUUCUACGUUUUUUUUUUUUCAUCUGUAUAAACAACCCUGAGAGGUGAAGUGAAAUUUUUUUCUACCACUUUUGGGAAAAAGUAUAAAUACCACUGUGGCCUCACAGAAACAAGGUUCUGGGUCGGAACCUGCUGGGACCUUUCUGUGUGGAGUUUGGAUGUUCUCCCUGUGUCUGUGUGGUUUCUCUCUGAGUGCUCCAGCUUCCUCACACAGUCCUAAGACUUGCAGGUCAGGUUCAUUAGUGACUCUAAAUUGCCUGUAGGUGUGAAUGUGAGUGUGAGUAGUUGUCUCUGUGUGUCAGCCCUGUGAUUGACUGACGACCUGUCCAGGUGUAAUGUCAGCUGGGAUUGGCUCCUUCAAGAGACAGUUAAGGUAAAUAACAUAGUCUCUUCUGGCACUUUUAAAGAUUUGUUAUUUGUUAUUUGAGUCUGUUGUUGAGGGCUGUAAAUGUUUUGUAUAAUUUUUAACAUAAAUUUUAAGUUUUUUAUUAUUAUUUUUUGCUAUUAAUUGAUAAGAUACUGUUGAGAUUGGGUGUUUUUGUAUUGACUGUUUUACAUUGUUUUAUGAACGACCGAAUGUUUGACUGUUUUAUGUUGUUUUUAUGAAACAAAUUCUUUGUAUGUAACCAUUGAGUUAUGAGACCUGGGUCUCCAUGGACCCCCCUGUCUA